AGUCGCGCUCGCAGCUCGAAGCUGGACGAGAGGUCGCUAGUUAUAUCGUUGGUGAAAGCACAGGCAUCUGAAAUCUGAUCACCGGAAUAUAUAAGCUACCGUAUACGCUUGGCUGUGCUUUGAUAGCGAGCUCGAAUGCAUUGACGACCGUGGACUGGAAUUUGUAGACCACCAAGAUGUCCGCCGUCCAUAUAACUAUGCAGUAUACUUUCAUUGUAAUACUUCUAGGAGCGUGUACUCUCUCACUCUUUGCUGGUGCACAGAAUAGUAUAACAUCCGACAGCGAUGCAGUCCCGUGGUCAGUUCGUCUGGUUGGUGGUAUCUACGAAUCCGAAGGCAGGGUUGAAGUUUUCCAAGACAGCCAAUGGGUGACAAUAUGCGAUAGUCUUUGGAGUAUUGAAGAAGCGACUGUUGUCUGUCGUCAGCUGAAUUACAGUGGAGCUGACCUGGCAUUGGUGGCAGGGCUGUUCGUCGGAGGUCAAGGAGCCGUGGGGCUGACGAACAUGGAAUGUAACGGAAUGGAAAGCAACCUCUCAACCUGUAAAUACGAUCUUGUGGAAGAUACAAGGUGUGGGCAUUCCAGAGAUGCUGGUGUCGUCUGCACGAGUCAGGGAAGUCUUCGUCUAGCAAACGGAACCGUUCCUGGAGAAGGUCGUGUUGAAAUUCUUGGAGGAUCUGGAGAAUGGGGAACAAUAUGUGACGAUUUGUGGGAUAAGAUUGACGCAGGAGUGGCGUGUAGGCAACUAGGGUAUCCAGAUGCUUUAGACGCCUUGGUAAAUCGGAACUAUCCCAACUCGCAGCCGUACUUUGGUCCUGGAACUGGUACUAUUCUUCUUGACGGACUUUCCUGUACUAGCGACAAGCGGCAUUUGAGAGACUGCAGUGUAACCAAAGGCUGGGGGACCCACGACUGUGGACAUGGGGAAGACGCGGGUAUGGAAUGCGACACCAAACUUACACGACUUGUAGAUGGAGAUUACGAUGAUGAAGGUCGGAUCGAGGUUUACUAUGGGGGUAGGUGGGGAAGAAUAUGCCCUACCGAAUGGUCCGUUGAGGAUGCCCACGUUGCCUGCAGAGAAUUAGGAUACCCCCUUGGAGCUAGGAACACAAAGCUUUUUGAUGGGGGCGAUGGACCGUUUCUAAUGGACGAUAUGCAAUGUGAAGGGAAUGAGACCCGAUUGACUGACUGCGUAUUCCCUGGUUUCGCCAACGUACAAAACUGUGCUGAAGACCACACGCACGGAGCAGGCGUUAUCUGCAAUAAGCCUUCAGCUGUUGUAAAACUCCUGAGCGGAUCCGGUAGUUUCGAAGGCAUCGUUGAAUACCGAAUUGAAUCUGAGCCUGGUCUGAUUUGCGAUUCGGAUUGGAGUGAUAAAGAAGCAGAUGUUCUCUGUCGACAAUUAGGAUACCAGCAUGGAUCCAAUGAAAAGCCUGUUUCUCUUGGUCCAUUAUCUGGGACCAUCUAUUACCAUGACUAUCAUUGCAUCGGAACAGAAGACCAGAUAGGAGACUGUACGUUUACAGUAGUGCCCAGAGCUGACCGAUGCGACCCUGACCAUAUAGCGCAGGUUGUUUGUGGGCCACCAAUCGACUUUGACCUUCGAAUGACCGGAAACAGAUUCAGUGAGCAAGGUCGUCUUGAGGUCUUUCUCAAAGGCGAGUGGGGCUAUGUAGCUGCAGGAUACUUUUCACGUGAUUCCCAAGAUACAGCGUGUCGCCAUCUUGGCUUUGCAGGAGCUCUGUACGAUAUAUACGACGAUUUCGAAUUUGCACGGUCUUCUCGGCCGAUUCUUAUAGACAAUAUAAUGUGUUCUGAUAGCGAUAUGAAGAUAAACGAUUGCUACAGACUAGAGUUGAGUGGACCCAAUUCGACCCGCCAACAAUCGGAUGAAGUCAGUGUGUUAUGUUUUCCAUAUGGUAAAAAAGAAUUAUGUGAUGUUUACACUUUGACGACAUAAUUAAUACUUGUAUUCUUAAAACAAUUCUAAAGGACAAGUCCACCCCAACAAAAAGUUGACAAGCACAAUACUGAAAAUUUUAUCAAAAUCGGAUGUAAAAUAAGAAAGUUACGACAUUGUUAAGUUUCUCUUAAUUUCACAAAUAGUUAUAUGCGCAUCCUGGUCUGCAUGCAAAUGAGAGAAUGCAUAGGCGGAUCCAGCUUUUGGCGAAAGGGGGGGGGGGCGCACUGCCGAGCGGCGCACAUAUUUUUGCACUUCACCGGCGCCAUAAAAGAAAAUGUUGAAAAAGGGGUAACGUCUGACCCUGUCAAAUGCUCUUUUCAAAAUGUAGGAUUUCCAGUCAUGCCAUUUUGCAUGACCACACGCAGAUAAUAUUUCCGGGGGGGGGGGGGGCAAGACUCGAAAAUUUGGUGCACAUUUCACAUUUGCACAUUUUUCAUAGUUUUCAUGAAAUGUUAAGGGGAAAAAAAAUGUUUUUCACAACAGCAGAUCGCGAAUGUGCCCCCCCCCUUCCCCCUUGCUGCGUACGACCAUUCCCUGAAGUCCACUUAAACAUAUCUCAUUAUAACAGAUAUAUACAUCAAUUUAAACAUAUAAUCUUUCUAAAACAUAUAUAGAGAGAUAUUGAAAAACUUAUUAAAGAAAGAAACAAGCAAAAAGUAACACAAAUUAUGCAUGUUAUGUGCGAUUUCGAAAUCUCGUUGAUUAACCCUUUUAUAGCGAUGAGGCCAAUACUUUCGAAUAUUAAUAGAGAUACAAGUUUUUUUUAACUUUAUGUAUAUACAUAUACACAGGGGCGUCGAUCAUUUUUUUAAGAUUUGGGGGGCAAAAUCAUGAAUCAACUUUCCAAAGGCGCUCGAUAUCACACAAAACAAACAAACUCACACAAACACACAUAUAUGCAUAUAUAUGUAUAUUUAUAUGACUCAUGAGAUAGAAACACAUAUCUCACCAACAAAUUAAUACGAGCGCGAAGCGCGAUCUGAAAUUUUUUAGUAUACUGACCUGAAAACAGGAAAAAGGUGCCUGUUUAGGACUGUUUGUUGUUACUCAUGAGGAGGAUACAUAUCUUACUACACAGAUAAUGCGAGUGCCGAGGGCGAGCUGAAAUUUCUUUAUAUUCUGACAAGAAAGCUUGAUAUUCUAUCCAUUUUUGGUACCAAUGAUUAAGAUGGGUAUCUAAAAAAACAAUAGAUGCGAGCGCGAAGCGCGAGCUUAAAAUUUUGAUAUUUCGAUCUGAAAAAAAAUGACAGUUUAAUGGACGUUUGUAAUAAAGAACAAGAUUAUAUCCAGCAAAAGAUUAUUGCAAAUCGAAGCGGGAGUUCUUUUGACGUUAAGUCCUGAAAAAGGGACAUUCUAUUCACCUAUUUAAUCAUGAAAAGUAUGGGGUUUUGCUACAAAAAGGAUGCGAGCGCCAAGCGCGAGCUGAAAAUUUUUAUAUUCCAAUCUGAGAAGCGGAUAAUUUAAGCACGAUUUUAAAUAAAGAACGAGUUGUGUAGCUCAAACUCAAUAUACGACUGGUUGCGUAAUUAUACACUCCCGGUACUAGCAACGGGUUUUAGCAAAGUUUUGGGCUAAAAUAUCGAAUCAUCUUCAUAAAACACGAUAGUAGCUGUCUUAAACUAAAGGCCUUAGAGGUGGCACAAUGUGGAAUGUGUAAAGAAGAAAAGUGACUGACCUUCUUUUUAUUAAAGCAUUGGAAAAUAAGAUC